AUUAACUCUGCAAUGCGAUCCACUCUGAACAGCUGAAAGCCCGGCAGAUGUAAUGCACUGUCCGGAAUGACUUCACUCAGCCAGGUUUCUGUGAAGCACAAGGCAGCAGAGGUUGAAAAGUCCUUGUUUGUGCGGGAGCAGAUACCAGAAGCAUUUCCUCAGUGCCAUGGAAAGAGUAACCUCAGCAAGCUUUCUUCCACAACUUCUGGCUUUUUUACUAGUGAUUAGUACUCUCAGCAUUCGGACAAGAAGCCUUGCAAGUCCAGUCAGCCAAGUUUUCCAUUCAAAGGAUGAUUCAAAUAUCCAGAACCAGAUUGUGGCAUUUUUGCUAUGGAAAAACAUCAUGCCUGCCCAAGAGGAUGUAGUAGAACUCGAGUUGGCCAGCAAAAUCACAGAGCUGCAAAAGCUUGCAGUCCUAAAAGAGGAGUUAAAUCUAGAAAAGACGCUGGUGUCUAAUGCAAUAGAAAAAGAGAGAUCUAUGCCUAACAAAAGAGAUGAUGCCUGUUUCUGGAAAUACUGUGUUUGAAUAUCUUAAGGUGAAGGACCAGAACCGAGGAAAUCAGCGAAUUCAUCUACUUUCUGCUUUAAAGGGUUGGUUCACCCAAAAAUGAAAAAUUUUCUCAUCGUUUAUUCACCCUCAUGCCAACCCAGAUGUGUAUGACUUUCUUUCCUCUGCUGAACACAAACAAAGAUUUUAUGAAAAAUAUCUCAUCACAGUAGGUCCAUUCAAUGCAAGUGAAUGGUGGCUAGAACUUUGAAGCUCAAAAAGCACGUAAAGAAAACAUAAAAGUAAUCCAGUGGUUUAAUCCAUGUCCUCAGAAGCGAUAUGAUAGGUGUGGGUGAGAAACAGAUCAGUAUUUAAGUCUAUUUUUCCUAUAAAUUCUCCUCCCUGCCCAGUAGGGGGCGAUAUGCACAAAGAAUGCAAAUCACCAAAAACAAAAGAAGAAGAAUGUGAAAGUGAAAGUGGAGAUUUAUAGGAAAAAAGGACUUAAAUGUUGAUCUGUUUCACACCCAUGCUUAUCAUAGCUCUUCUGAAGAUAUGGAUUUAACCACUGGAAUCAGAUGGGUUACUUUUAUGCUGCCUUUAUGUACUUUUUGGAGCUUCAAAGUUCUGGCCACCAUUCCUUUUCAAUGUAUGAGCCUACAGAGCUGAAAUAUUCUGAAGAAGAAUUUUCAUUUCUGUUCAGCAGAAGAAAGAAAGUCAUACACAUCUGGGAUGGCAUGAGGGUGUGUAAAUGAAUUUUUUAUUUUUGGGUGAACUAUCCCUUUAAGAUUAGACAUAAAAAGAGCAGAAGACUUUUCCAAAUGGAAUUAUAUGUAUUAAUAAUGUUUCAUGAUAAUUAUGAUAAGUCAUAAUAUACACAUGGCCUCUGUACUGUUUGAAAAAAUAAAAUUAAUUUUAUUUGUAUGUCACAUCAAUAAAACAUCAAAUGAA